UUGUGUCUGAAUGACUGACAUAUUAUUUUAAAAUAUUGUCAGAUUAUCUUUAAAUAAAGAAAGUAAAUGGAUAUGACAGGAUUAGUUUGAAUGAAGUAAAUUAUUAAAAAUUAAGCACAUUUUUUCAAUGUGUCCCACUGUUGCACGGUACCAAAUGACCUAUGGACUGGUACUGGUCCGCGGACAGGGGUUGGAGACCACUGAUCUAUGCAAUCUUCCAGUUACAACUGGCCCUUUAAGGGGAACUGAAUUGAUGAUGUGGCCCCCGGUGAAAAUGAGUUUGACACUCCUCCACUAGGAGGACGGAAUGAAACAACAACAUCCCCACAUCCUGUAGCAUUCACCAACCUCCAAACAUGACGUUAAGGUUUUAACCAGAAUCGGACAAAGUUAGGCACCAUCAUACUGGGUCUGGAGUCAAUAUUGACUGAUACACCUCUCCAAAUAAAUUCUUGUUUCUCUUGUCUUCAUCGGUCAACAUCAAUUAUCAGUCAUGGAUUAAAAAACCUCUGUUGCAUUCAAACAACAGGUGUUUGAACUGAACUUCACUGUCGCAAUCUGUGCUUCAAAAGACUUGGACGCAAGGUAAGGGAAUAAACAAGAAAUUCUUUGUACUAUGGAAGUAAAUGGAAGAGGAAACACAUUCUUAUUUUUUUUAAUCUAAUAAAACUGUGUGAUUAUUUUAUUAUUUAUAAUAUUUACUUCUAUUACCAUAAAUCAGGACAUUGUGCAUCUUUUUGCCAUGGCAGCCCCACGUCUGUCUGUGCUGUCAUAUGGACUUUUCAUUUCCAGUUUUCUCACAAUGUUUUACUUGUAUCAAUGGGACACGCCGCAAAGGCUGAGAGAAAUGAGGAUGGAUUUGGUUCAGGAGGAGAGAAAGCAGCUGAUAAGAGAAGUGUGUCAUGGUGACAAAGAAGCUCUUUUAGAAAAAGAAAUUGGCUACAACAAGUAUCACCACCUAAUAGUCGAUAACGCGCACGGUAUCAUCUACUGUUUCGUUCCCAAGGUGGCCUGCACUAAUUUGAAAAAAUUCAUGCUCAUCCUGAAAAAGGGAGAGCCAUAUGGUGAUCCAGGAAAUGUCACUGAAGAUGUCCACACCAGCGGUGCCAUCACCUUUCUAAGCUCGUUGCCAAAACACGAGAUUGCGGUAAUUAGUGUGUUUGAACUGAACUUCACUGUCGCAAUCUGUGCUUCAAAAGACUUGGACGCAAGUUUUCUCACAAUGUUUUACUUGUAUCAAUGGGACACGCCGCAAAGGCUGAGAGAAAUGAGGAUGGAUUUGGUUCAGGAGGAGAGAAAGCAGCUGAUAAGAGAAGUGUGUCAUGGUGACAAAGAAGCUCUUUUAGAAAAAGAAAUUGGCUACAACAAGUAUCACCACCUAAUAGUCGAUAACGCGCACGGUAUCAUCUACUGUUUCGUUCCCAAGGUGGCCUGCACUAAUUUGAAAAAAUUCAUGCUCAUCCUGAAAAAGGGAGAGCCAUAUGGUGAUCCAGGAAAUGUCACUGAAGAUGUCCACACCAGCGGUGCCAUCACCUUUCUAAGCUCGUUGCCAAAACACGAGAUUGCGGUAAUUAACCCAUUUGUGCGACUCAUCUCUGCAUACCGAAACAAAUUUGAACAUAUUAAUGACUUCUUUUACCCAACGUAUGCACGAAAUAUUCUUCGUCUCUAUGGCAACUACUCUAAUCCACCUCAAACUGCGAGGGAGGCAACUGCAUUGGGUGUGCGUCCUUCAUUUAAAAACUUCAUUCAAUAUCUAGUGGAUUCAAAGACUGAAGAGAGGAGCCCUUUCGACGAACACUGGAGACAGAUGUACCGUUUGUGCUACCCCUGUGCCAUAGAGUUUGAUUUUAUUGGACAUCAGGAGACACUGCAGGAAGAUGCUGAACAUCUGCUGAGGAUCUUAAAACUGCAGAAGGACAUCAGGUUCCCACAUUCCUAUGUAAACAUGACUUCACCUGACUCAGUUGAAAACUGGUUCGGAACAGUGUCUCUAGAGGACAGGAAGACACUUUACAAGAUCUACGAGACAGACUUCAAACUUUUUGGCUACAAAAAGCCAGAAGAACUUUUACGUAAUUGAGAUGAACAACGAACCAUUUCUUAACUUCACGCUACAAUUUUAUGUUGUAUUUACAGAGGUCUCAUUUUUCCAUUUUUAAAAUCAAUUUGAGAGAAAAAUUGUUUUAUUAAUUUAAUUAUAACACACUGUAACUGGUUACAAUGAAAUUAUUAUAAUUCAUUUCAAACAAUGUCAUUUUUCAACAUUUAAAUAUAGUGCAUAAAAUCUACAAGAGUAAUUUCUUGGGGAAAAUGACAUCAGAAUCAUUCUGUCAAGAUGCAGUAUGACAUUACAAACUUUAACCUGCUGAUGGUAAAAUGUAUUGUUUUGAAGAAAGCCUUCAAACUGACACUGUUGUCACCUUAAGACACCUUAAGACUAAAUAUCAAUAAAACUAGCCAUACCAUGAAUUACUGUAAAAUAGCAUUAAAAUGAACCUGUCUCAAUACAGCAGUUAACAGGGGCAGCUGAAGAGAGAGAAAGCAGGAGGCUUUUGUCCAGGAUAUUUAAAAUAGAAAUUCAAACAACCUGGAUCAACAAUGUUGAUCAAACUGCAGUCAGCAGACAAUAUUGUUGGGCAUGUUAUUGAAAUACACUUUGUAAAUACCGUG